GAUCAAUCUCUGCAUACUACACACGGAUUUCAUUGAUAAAUUUUGUUUGUUUGUAUCACGGCUAUUGUUUAGGAGAUAGGUAGUUUUCUUGAAUACGGUUUUAAAAGAAAGGCCGCCUGAAUGCAGAGCAGGGAGAAGAUGAUAACGGAGCAGCUGCGGAAUCCGAAUGAGCUGGACAUCAGCCUUCGGAUGGAGUUUGGUCCGUUUGAAACGGUGCACAAAUGGAAGAAGUUGUCAGAGUGCUAUGAGUUUGUUGGAGCCAAACGGAGCAAGCACACAGCGGUGGCCUACAAAGACGCGAUAUACGUGUUCGGUGGCGACAACGGCAAGUUCAUGCUCAACGACCUGGUCAGGUUUGACAUCUGGGAGAUGUCCUGGACCAAAGUGGGCUUCCAGGGCACCCCGCCGGCUCCAAGAUACCACCACUCUGCUGUUGUGCACCGUUCAUCCAUGUUCGUGUUCGGCGGCUACACGGGCGACAUCCUGGCCAACUCCAACCUCACCAACAAGAACGAUCUCUUCGAGUUCAAGUUCUCCAGCGCGCAGUGGGUGCAGUGGAAGUUCCAGGGACAGGAGCCGGUGCCACGGUCAGCUCACGGCGCAGCGGUUUACGAUGACAAGCUAUGGAUUUUCGCCGGCUACGACGGCAAUGCGCGGCUCAACGACAUGUGGACCAUCAACUUAGUGGGCGACAACCACCAAUGGGAGCGUGUGGAGCAGAAAGGUCAAUGCCCGCCCACCUGCUGCAACUUCCCCGUGGCGGUGGCGCGGGGCAAGAUGUUCGUGUUCAGUGGGCAGAGCGGCGCCAAGAUCACCAACGCACUCUUCCAGUUCGACUUCGAGACGCACACUUGGAGCCGCGUCUGCACAGAGCACUUGCUCCGCUGCGCAGGUCCGGCGCCAGCGCGUCGCUACGGACACGUGAUGGUGUCCCACGGACGGCACCUCUACGUGUUCGGAGGCGCCGCCGACAGUACCCUACCUAGUGACUUGCACAGCUUCGACCUUGACACGCAGAUGUGGUCGGUGGUACACCCGGCGCACGACUCGCAGGUGCCGGUGGGGCGGCUGUUCCACGCGGGCGCCGUGGUGGGCGACGCGCUGUACGUGUUCGGCGGCACCGUCGACAACAAUGUGCGCAGCGGCGAGCUCUUCUGCUUCCAGCUGUCAGACUACCCGCGCUGCACGCUCCACGACGACUUCGGCCGCAUACUUAAAUCCCAGCAGUUCUGCGACGUGGUAGUCCUAGUGGGAGUUGAAGAGAGCUGCGUGCUAGCACACCAGGCGCUGUUAGCUGCCAGGUCUACAUACCUACGUGCCAGGAUACAGGAAGCGCGUGAAGAACUAUCCCGACGCAUAGACGAGGGCCUCGAAAAGCCCCUAGAAGUAUACGACUAUAAGGCGAAGCCGCGGCUCACGCUAAAGUUACCUGAAGCCACCCCGGAGGCGUUCGACAUGGUGCUCAACUUCAUAUACACGGACCGGAUCGACCCGAGCGAGAAAUAUGAGGACCCCGAAAAGCCCUCCACCAUCCUGCAAGUAAUGGAAGUCCUCCGCCUAGCGCUCCGCCUGAACAUUCCUCGCCUCCGCGGGCUAUGCGCCCGCUUCCUCAAGGCCAACCUCUGCUACAGCAACGUGUUGCCAGCUCUCCACUCCGCGCACCACGCCCAGGUGCAUUCCGUCAAGGAGUACUGUCUCAGAUUUCUAGUAAAGGACUACAAUUUUACGCAAAUAGUGAUGUCACCAGAAUUCGAAACGAUGGAAAAGAGCCUCAUGGUGGAAAUGAUCCGUCGUCGGCACCGACCACAGGCCAAACCACCGGCGCCGCAAGAGAGCGACGAAGAUAUUAUAGGAACAACCCUCGAGCAAGACAUGUCCGUGUUCGUGGGCGGCUCGGGCUUGGGGCUGAGCGACGUGCGCCUGCGCGUGGGCGCCGCGUGGCGCGCCGCGCACCGCUCCAUCCUCGCCGCGCGCGCCGCAUACUUCGAGGCCAUGUUCCGCUCCUUCUGUCCCACGGACAACACCGUCAACAUUCAAAUAUGCGACACGGUGCCUUCGGAGGAGGCUUUCGACUCGCUGCUGCGCUACAUUUACUACGGAGACACCAACAUGCCCACUGAAGAUUCGCUCUAUUUGUUCCAAGCACCCAUUUAUUACGGCUUCACGAAUAACCGUCUCCAAGUAUUCUGCAAGCACAAUCUACAGAGCAAUGUCACCCCGGACAACGUACUGGCAAUAUUGCAAGCGGCGGACCGAAUGCGGGCCGCCGAUAUCAAGGAAUACGCGCUCAAGAUGAUCGUGCACAACUUCUACCAGCUGGCCCACCAGGAGUCCAUAAAGACCCUCCCCCAACCCCUCCUCGUGGACAUCGUGGUGGCGCUCGCCACCGCGCGCCGCGCCGACUCCCCCCUCCCCGCGCAGCCGCGCUCCCUCCCCUCCUCCUCCUCCGCCGACACGCUGGCCGACGACGACCACAGGAGGAAGGACCAUCCCAACUAUUGGUAGUUAGGCCUGAACUAAACCGACAUUCAUGUAGUCCACAGCCGCGCUUACUGAACGUAAGCAUAGAGAAAAAAAAUACAUAAGUGCUCACUCCAUACCAGGGAUGUUGCGAAUAUUCGCAUCCGCAUCCGCGGAACAUCCGCAUCUGCAUCCACAUCCGCAUAAAAUCGAUGCGGAGCUCAUGCGGAUGCGGAUGUCGACUAAGUCGGUAACAGGAAUGUCUUAGCGGCGGCGUAAGUGCUAGGUAAUUUCGUCAUUAUAUAUAACGAAAUCGUUAUAUAUAAUAAAAAAUACUAAAAAUGUACUAUUUGACGUUUUAUAAGUACCAAAUCUUGACAUCCGCAUCCGCGGAUGUGAGGCUUUAAAUAUCCGCAUCCGCAUCCGCGGAUUUAAAAAAAUCUGCAUCCGCAACAUCCCUGCUCCAUACAUCAGUUUUGAUACCAAAACGACUAUUAUUUUCGUAGUCGACAUCUAGCAUCGAGAAGCGGAAUUAUCAGUAGGUACUGCUACUUGACAAUAGAUGUUCCGACGAACGAGUGAGUCGCGACACUAGAGAAUUCUAGUAUCAAGUAGCGGUACUGAAAAUUCCACUACUCGAUGCUGGAUGUCGACUGCGAAAAUAAUAGUCGUUUUGGUACCAAAACUGAUGUAUCUAUGAAGUGAGCUCUCUAUUCUCACUAUAUUUCUCUAUGACUUAAGACAUUCUUAGUUAGACAUUAGAUAAUGAGACUCCACAGUCGGGCUCGCUCCCUUCGGUCUCGUCCGCUGACACGGCUGAUAAGGACCAUUGUAGGAAACCGGACCAUCCCCUAUUGGUAGUUAGGCCUGCAAGCCUAUUAUGGACGGCUUUAUUCACGUGACAAAAUAUCCGUCACUUUUUGACGGAUGCCGUUUUAUCACGCUGUCACGUAGACAAGAACGACUAUCAUAUCCGUACUGAACUGAACAGACGUCCUUGGAGUCCACAGCUGCGCACGCAUGAUACAAGAAUUGUAGAAUGGGGCUUUGAGUCCUUGUACUCUAUAGAAAUUAUAUGUCAUGCAACAGUUUUGAUUAUACAUAGUCAAUUAUUAGAUAUAUUAUUAUAAGUUAUUGACACAAUUGAUUUGUAUAUAAAAAAGAACAUUAUUAAUUUCAGAGUGAAAAGAAAGAUAUGUUUUGUUAUAAAGCUUAAUUAUGUAACUUUACUAUACAUAUAGAUACGCAAUGUAUUGUAUUUGUUAGCUAAGACUGCAUUUAUUAUAUUAUUAACGGUUAUAGGAGAUACGUUUUCAAUUUGACUAUUACUACACAAAGUUUUAGCAAACUAUAAUAUAUACACACCUAAAAAAAUAGUUAUUUGUUACAUGGCGGCAAAGUUGUUGUUUAACAACUAGUGCUAGUUUUGAUUGCGCCUUUAUGAGCUGUUAUUUUGAAACAUUGUUGUUUUUUUUUUCAAAAAUGGCAGCAUACUCAUUUUUUUUUUAAGUUAAUAGAUGCACAUUUUUAAAUUCUAUCAAGAGUACUAUGAAGGCAGCAGUAACGCCUGGUCAUCAUACCAAUAUAUUUAGGAGAGGUAUGGACUGCCACAAGAUGUUUCAUACCUGUUUAAAUAUCACAAAUGUUACUGCUUUCUCUCUAAUACUGGUGUUUGUAUGGAUGUAAUGGUUCAUGCAUCAAAAAGUCACUUGUUUGGGUAUGACACCCAUUUAGUGCCAAAAAUAGUUCCAGGGACUUAUUUAAUUAUAACUAUUUAGAAGGCAAAAAAAAGGCCUGACAGCUUUUUCUAACAAAACAAAACAUGUCCCAGUAGGUUCUUAUUUGUGGUGAGCUAGAAUCAGACCAAGCUAAUCUUUGGCUUUCUAAGUGUGGCCAUGUUAGCAUUAAUGUCAAUUUUCUAUAAAAAUAUGACACAAUGACACACCUCACUUUGUUCUAUUGUAAUUAGUGCAGAAACGUUAGCUUAACCCUUCAUAUGCCUUUGUCAAAAAUUUGCUACUGAAUUAAUAACUUUGAAAUCAUAAAUUACAGUCCAAAUUGUCUGGGACGGAUACGGGACAACCAAGGCAUACGAAAGGUUAAACAGAUUCUUUUCCCAUUCAAGAUAAUGGACUAAGGCUAGUUGACAUCCAAAUUGAUUAUAAUUGGACGUCAAAGAUAUGUUUACACUUUUGCGCCUUACUCCUUUGUAAUAAGGCGAAAAGUGUAAACAUAUAUUUGACGUGUCGACUGUACCACAAAGGAAUUUAAAUGUUUUGAGAAGCACUUGUGUAGAUGUCAUGUUAGUGUGCACUUUAUUUACGUAAUUUUCUUUUAUAGACAUUUAGGAAAUGUUUACUAAUCUAGUCAUUUUAAAGUGUAUUGAGACAUUUAAAAUCAUAUUACUGCAUCUAACAUGACAUUAUUGUUGAGUAAUAGAGUUAGACCAAGAA